AUGUCGAUCGAACAAGGAAGCGAAGCUGACCAAGAUACAAGCAAAAGAUUGGUAGAAACCGAAGAAGAGAUUGACUAUCAUAAACAUAGGAAUGUACAAUAUGGAAAACCGUAUUUCGCUGUAUUAUUAGCCGCCUUUUCAUCAUUGGGUGGAUGGUUUUUUGGUUAUGAUCAAGGUGUCACAGGAGGUGUUGUAGUGAUGAGUUCAUUUAAAAACGAUUUCUGUGUUGGUAUAUAUGGAAAUACUAGUGUGUGCGAUCUUCCUGUCGGUGCUUUGCCGUCUGAGUAUCGACGAUUUUUGCUACUUUAUACAUUGCUCUAUAAUGUUGGAUGUUUUUGUGGUGCUGCAUUUAUUUCUUCAUUUGUAGCCGAAAAAUUCGGACGUCGAGCUAUUCUUUUCACCGCCUCAAUUCUUUUUUUCAUCGGUACUUCAAUGGUUAUUUUUCCACCAGGAGGUUCGCAAAAUUUAAUGAUUCUGAUUCUUAUUGGACGCAUUAUUGAAGGGGCAGGUGUUGGCUGUUCAUCAUUUGCAUGUCCAUUAUAUGCUUCAGAAAUAGCUCCAACACAUUUGCGUGGUAUGCUUUCUGGUUUUAUGCAAAUGACUAUUGUCACUGGUUUGUUUCUUGCUAAUGUAGCUAAUUUUCUAUUAAAAAAUCAUCAAUGGGGUUGGCGAUUAUCCAAUGGAAUUAUUUUAAUUGCUCCAAUCACUAUUAUGAUUGGUAUCUUUUUUUGUCCUGAAACUCCUCGAUGGUUAUUCAAGACAAAUGGUCGAGAAUCAGCGAGGAAAAGUUUACAACGUAUCCGUAAAACAACAGAUAUAACAGCGGAAUUAGACGCUAUUGCCGAUGCUAUCAAUGAAGAUGGUAAUCAAAUUUCAACUAAAGAAUUAUUAACAACCAAAAAAAUGCUGCAAAGGCUUGGAAUUGGUAUAGGCUUACAUCUUUUAAAUCAAGGAACAGGUAUUAAUCCCAUAUUUACAUAUGGUGGUAUCAUCUACGAAAGUGUUCUUGGUAAAGGUAUCAUAUCAUUAUUGAUUCUGUCUGGUGUCAAUUUGUUGAGUACUAUUCCAGCCUUGUUUCUAAUUGAUAAACUAGGUCGCCGAAAACUGUUGAUCUUUUUCGGUUUAGGUAUGGUUAUAGGUCAUUUGGUGGCAGCCACUGUAUUCGCUAAAGGUUGCAAGGUACACACAGUCAUGAGAGAAGAAACUGUCAUUUGUAAGACACAUUCUGGUAUACUUAUGCUUGUCUUCACAGGUGUUUUCGUGGCAUUUUAUGCUCUAUCUUGGGGAGCAGUUGUUUGGGUUUAUGUAGCAGAAAUUUUUCCUCUUAAUGUUAGAGCUAAAGCUAUUUCAAUAACCACUGCAAGCAACUGGUGCAUGGGAACUAUCAUGUCCUAUAUAUUAGAAUUGAUUGCACCAUUAGGAAUACACGGUGUCUUUUAUCUUUUUAGUGUUUUAUGUUGCUUAGGUGUUGUAUUCGUUUAUUUUUUAUGUCCAGAAACAAAAGGAAUUUUACUAGAAGAUAUUGAAGAUGUGUUCGAUAAUUUUCGAUCGAGAAAUGGAAAAAUUACAAAACAUCGUAACAAUAAUACCAAAAGGACAGUAAAACAAGAACUAAAAUGA